AUGGCCGGCGGAAGCGCUUCCCGAGCCUUUUCGCUGCUUCCUGCCUGCUGGAAAGGAGGAACGGCGGCGUUUCUGUCAUGUCGGAGUUGGCGUUGGAGGAGCUCUCUGCGGUCGCCGCUAUUUACUGUGAGAAGGGCGAGUGCGAAGUGCUGCAAGUCUCAGAGGCUGAAGGAAUCUCAUUUAGGAUCCAGACCCAUGUGAGAGGUCCUUUGGAGACAGAUGUGUUCUUAAAGCUGCUGUUUUCUUUACCGAUCGGUUACCCGUCAACCUUGCCGAAUAUCUCUGUCCACUCUGAACAGCUUACAAGGACGCAGUGUAUGGCGGUGAAAGAGAAAUUACUUGAAGAAGCAAAGAGGCAUUCUUCACAACCCAUGGUGCAUGAGCUGAUUCUAUGGAUACAACAGAAUCUGAAGCAUGUUGUUGAGCAAGGCAAAACUUCAGCUGGGAGUGCGAAAAGUACUCUAUCAACAAAAACAGCCACAGACGAUGGUUUAUUAUCGACUGUCCUUUUGCAUUUGGAUCACAUGAGAGCUAAAGGAAAAUAUGUCAAAACUGUGGAAAAAUGGUGUGCAGAUCUAAGGCUCACUGGAAGACUCAUGUUCAUGGGCAAGAUGAUUUUUAUUCUUCUUCAAGGAGGCCAGAGCAGCAUUAAGGAAUAUAUGAUUCUUCAGAAAACGAGCAAGAUAGAUGUGGACUCGAGCGGGAAGAAGUGUAAAGAGAAAAUGAUUAGUGUACUCUCCGAAACAAAAGCACAGGCAGAAGACAGAAGGUUCCAGGCAUUUGAAGUCAAAGAGUAUUCUACGCUGGAUGAGUUACAAAACGAAUUUGAGGCUGCGGGACUGGCAGAGCUGUUCACUGAGUUUGUGCUGCCUCAGUUAAAAUAAUUUUGAAGCAAAUGCAUACGCCUCAGACUCAAACUGUCAUUGAAUGUAUUGAAUGUUUGCUGAGAGGAGAUAAAAUGAAAGGUUUGGUGGCAAACAGCUCUAAAGCUGCUCUGUAGCAAAAUGUCAGAAAAAGCCGUCUACUUGCAAGAUACAAAAGACAGCUCUCACAUUCUGAACAGCUGAUAGUUUUGACUGUGUGUGCUGACAAAUUUUGCUAGGAACUGCUGUGUUUUAAUAGUUGAUAUUUAAGAAAUGUAGGUCAUAAGUGAAAGAUGAUGGAGAAAUCACUGUCUUGUUGGCUUUGGAUGGGACUUUUAUCUGUAAUUGUGUUGUAAUUAAACUAUAUUGUAAAGAGGUUUGUUUUUAAUAUGACAUUUUUGUCUGCGACUUGGAAUGCUACAAGAAAAUCUUUUCUCUCUCCAUUAAAAUAUUAAAUUUAAAGAUUAUUUAAAGAUUAUUUUUCCCUAUUCUAGUACAGUCCUAAAGCAGUUCAUUUUGGUAAUUUGAAAAGCAGAAGAUGCCGUAUAUACGAGGUUUAAAAAUCAAUUUUUUGGUUUAAAAAUCAAUUUAAGUGGUUCACUUAUUCUGCUUUUAAACUGGGAGAGCUGAGGGUUUUUUUUUUAAUGAAAUCAUUUCCCAGAAGUCACACUCAGAUAGUAGUUUUUUAUGUUUAGGUUUUUAGCUGCCACAAUUAAUUAUGAUUUAUUAAUUUGUGUCGAUCCUUUCUUUUCUGUCUAGUUUUAUAUCUUGCUCACUGCCAUUUCUUUUUCACUCUGCAUUUUCUUAAACAGACCUGUUCGCUCCAGUCUUCUCCCACUGUUUUGUCUUUCAGUAGGUUUAUAUGACUGACUUUCUUCAAGUAGUUGCGCAGAUACGCAAUGAAAGGACUAGUGUGAAAGAGGGACAAAUAUUCAGCUGGGAGCCCUUUCAAUGAUUGUCUGCACUAUUUGCAGCAGACACAAUAAUGCACAUCUGCCAACUUGGUGCAUGUUCCACAGAAGUAAAAGAAAGCAGUUUCGUUCAGUAUAAACAUUUCCAGUAUAAUGCUCAGCAUAGAAAGGAAUGCCAUGCUAAAUCAUCUGCUUUAAACUUUUUAAAAAAGUUGCCCUGCCUUACGCUGAAUCAGACCACUAGGCCAUCUAAUCCAGGGCACAUUCUGACUCCCAGCAUUUGCACCAGGUCUGACUCAGAGGUUAUUUAUAGUUAUUCUACCUGAGAUCCUUUAACUAGAAAUGCUGGCUUUGUGCCUAGGAUUUUCUACAGUGCGCUAAGCAUGCAGUCUACCUCUGAAUUAUGGCUAUUCCCCCCAUAAUGAGAUUUAACUGAAUGCAAAGUAGAUUGCAAGGAUUCUUGUAUCGGGGAAGAACUUACCCUCAAAUGUAUUAUGAUCUCUUCUGCAAAGAUCAAUGUUUUCCAUUCAUCAUCUCUGUCUCCAGUGUUGGUGUGUGUCUUCCCUGCUUUAGAGAGGGGGAAAAAGUGGAAGUAUGAAUAUAGUUCUCUCCUGCAACACUAUAUACUACAUGGAGUGGGAUAUUUCAGUAUGCACAUUAGAACAGGGCUAGCUCCAGUGUAAGUGCAAUGAUAUAACUGGUGUUUGUUGAUUUUGUGGAAGCAUAAAGCCAUCUGUGAGCACAUAUUUGAAGUUAAGUUAAAUAGAUGUUUAGUACUGAAAGUGUAAGAGGCUUUAUACAAGAUGUUCAUAUUCCUAAUUCUAGUGCGGGAUAGUGGCUGUGAUCUGGGCUACUUCCACACCAUGGAUUUCCUAUAUUUCAGCCACCUGACUGGUGUGUGUUUUUUCAUGAUUCCACAUGACAUCGUCCUCUAUUUGUGCACUGAUAGUUAACAGUCAUUUCUUUCCACACACACACCUGAUUUAUUUUAAACCUGUAAAAAACUGGUAUUUCCUGGGCAGGACGCUAUCCACAGGAGCAGUUCCAUGGGCCUAAAGUGGGGAAACAAUGUAUCUGCAGGAUCUGGUCAAGAGCUAGUCACUCUUUUCAUUUCUUGAUGAACUGGCAAAAAUUAGCAUAACAAGAGAAUCACUUGCCUUUUAGACAGAAGGGAGGGAAAUCAUUAGAGGUUCUGCAAAUAUAAGUCUUUUUGUCAGAGGCUUUGCAAAUACAAAGAGUUUCUAAAAAGGCUAUUAAAAGGAUUCUUUUAUUCCUAUCCAAUCUUACUCAUGCUUGUAUUUUUAAUUAUAGCUAGAACUUCUUUUGGAGACACUGAAGGCUAAUCAAGUUGCUGUAAGAUCUCAGUACUGAAAGGGGAAGUAGAACCUCCUGCAGUACCUUUAAACCUAUCUUCAAACUAACAUUCCCAGGUAGACAAACGGGAUAUCAGAUGCUAAGCUGUCACUUUAUUGAAAAGAUCUAAGUUUUUGCCAAAUGGCUCCCUCGUUUUUCUCUUUAACAUUAUGUCUAACGUUAUGUCUUUGUAAACUUGCAUUUAUUUACUGUAUGGCAUUGUUUAUGACAUUGUCCUUGAUACUGACUGUACUAAUCUCACACUGUGUAAUACGCCUUGAGUUUCAGUGAGAACGGUGGACUAUAAAUGACAUAAAUAAAAAAUAAAAAUAAAUAAAAUAAUUUGAAAAUUUUGGAAUUA